UAUUUCGAAGACAAGAAACACGAUUAUAACUCUCAUAUGGAACAUUUUUGAAUAUUGGGACUUUAUCGCUUUGGAUUAUUUCUCUACAUCUACAGUAUUUGUCGAAUUUAAUAUGUCGGACAGAACAAUGAGACGGCAAGUACUGUUGUUUAUGUCGCUUUUUUCUCUCAGCUCAGUACUCGGUCAGGUCACUUACUCCAUUCCUGAAGAAAUGUCGAAAGGAUCUCUAGUUGGUAACAUAGCGCAGGAUUUAGGGCUGGACGUGAAAAGAUUGAAGUCGGGUAAAGCUCGCAUAUAUACAGGGGACAAUGCAGAGUACGUCGAGCUGAAUAAAGACAGAGGAGUCCUGCUUGUGAAGGAGAGAAUCGACAGAGAGGCGCUCUGUGGACAGACAACACCUUGUGCUUUACAUCUUCAAAUUACAUUGGAAGACCCGAUUGAAUUUUUCACUGUUACAGUCGAAAUUAAUGACAUUAACGAUAAUGCACCCAACUUCAAAAAGGAGGAGAUGAAAUUUAGGAUCAGUGAGUCGGCUGUGAUUGGAGCAAAAUUUGUGCUAGAAAGGGCUAUGGAUCUAGAUGUCGGUGUGAACGGAUUGCAGGGCUAUUCGCUAAAACCUACAGAAAAUUUUCAUCUGAAACUCCAUAAUCAACAAGAUGGGAGCAAAAAGGUGGAGAUGAUUUUGCAAAAACAUUUAGACAGAGAGGCGCAGGAACACCUCUCUUUAAUUCUCACAGCUACUGAUGGCGGGGAUCCUCAGCUGUCGGGGACAAUGCAAAUAGAAAUUUCAGUACUUGACGUUAAUGACAAUGCCCCUGUAUUUACGCAGGAAACAUAUAGGGUUACUAUAAUGGAGACUGCCCCGAAGGGCACAAUUUUGACUACUGUUAGUGCUGUAGAUGCAGAUCAGGGAUCAAAUGGAAAGGUGACAUAUUCAAUAACAAACACGUUAGAUGAUGUCCCUGUUAUGUUUCAGAUCGACGAAGAAAACGGAGUGGUCGCUUUAACUGGAGACCUGGAUUAUGAAAAAGCGCAGCACUAUGAAAUACAUGUACAAGCUAGUGAUGAUGGAGGACUAACAGAUUCAUGUAAAAUUAUUGUCGAGGUGACCGAUACGAACGAUAAUCACCCAUCUAUUAAUAUAAUGUCUAAAACUAAUUUAAUAUCAGAAAAUUCUAAGCCAGGGACUGUGGUAACUAUAUUUAAUGUUCAAGAUCCUGACUCUGGAGAAAACGGUAAAGUCACGUGUAAUAUCGACGAGCAAAUGCCAUUUCUGAUGAAAGCAACGUCAAAAAAAUUCUUUAGCCUCGUGACAGACAAUGAUUUAGACAGAGAGAGAGCCUCUAACUAUAAUGUAACAGUGACGUGCUCUGAUGAGGGAGUGCCCUCCCUCUCCAGCAGCGUCACUCUCACCUUACAGAUC